CGUCGCCCUGGUCGAGGCCGAGUCGCGCCUUCUGUUCCAGGUCCAUGUUGAGCUUGUUGACCUGGCGGCGCAGGUCAUCCACCAGCUCCUGCAGCUCCUGCUCGCGCGCGUGGCUCGUGUCCAGCUGCCUCCAGGCCGCCUCCAGCUCCUGCCGCUGCUGCUGCGAGACCUGCUGUUCCUGCAGCGCCUGCUGAGCCAGCGCCUGCGUGCGCUCCGUGUCGGCGGCCACCCGGGACGUCAGCUCCUUGCAGGCGGCCUCGUAGCGCACCUUGGCGUCGUGGCUCUCCACGAGCAUGUCCAGCGCGCGCUUGAAGUCGGUGCUGUACGCGGCCAUGCCGGGUCGGCGCUGCAUCUGGUCGUUUCAGCACAGUGGUGGCGUCUGCUCCUCUCCCUGUUGCCCCUGGAAACCGGAGACCGGAGGGGAGGCCUGGAGUUUCUGUCUAUUUGCAGCGCGGAUUUUGGAGCAUCUAUUGGCACGUCUUCGGCUCAUACCUGCCAGGAUGUGGGAGAGUGUGGGGCCGGUGUUGCGAGCACAUCCAGCUGUUCAUCUUCCAUAUCAGGAGCACUGUCAGAUGACUCUUCAGAGAAAAUGACCACUUAUCCAUUCUUGGAUUCUGUUGAAGAUGAAUUUAUCCAGGCUGGACUAAACCUUACCACAGUUUCUGAGCUUACAGAAGCAGUCGAAAAAUGUAAAGGGAUGGUUCUUGAUACCAAAGAAUACUCUGAAGAACGUAAAUGGCUUGUGCGAUAUCUAAUAGAACUGCGACUGAGGCUUGAAGAAGCUCGUGAAGCAGAGGUUGAAAAGAGGAAGUUAGAUCCCAUUGGAACACCUGACUUGUCUCCAAGCAAGGACUCCCUUGUUUCAAAUGAAAGAGAUCAGAAUAAAACAAGAGACAAAAGAAUAAUUCUUGGACAUCAUUUUUUUUUGCAAACACCUACUCGCAUUGUUUUAAAGUGUGACAGAUGUUGUACAAACAUAUGGGGGUUACUUCAUCUUUGGUAUGAAUGCCGGGAUUGUCAGUAUAAAGCCCAUAUGAGAUGCCUUCAAAGAAUCAGAAGGGAAUGUGCCUUUGUUCGUGUGUGUGAAACUCCAUACUUUUCUAAUGACAUAUGUCCAGAAGCAGGCUUGGCUGCGCAGGGUUAUCGGUGUUAUGAGUGCAAAACUGUCAUCUCACACACCCUACCUCAAGGAAUGUUUUUUCUUGGUUGGCGAUUCUGGUCAGAGAAUGGAUGGUGCGAACCUCGUCAAUGUGAUUAUGAUGGGCGAUAUUACUGCAACAAAUGUCAUUGGGAUGCAACAGUUGUUAUACCAUCACGAGUCAUUCACAAUUGGGAUUUUAGCGAAAGAAAAGUGUGCUGCAGUUGCAAUAGCUUCUUGCGGUUGAUGUUGAAUAGACCAGUGAUAAAUUUGGAUCUUCUUAACCGACAACUUUUCCAAUUUGUUGUUGACCUUGUUACUGUUAAGAAACUGAGGUCACAGUUCCUUCUCAUUAAGCAAUAUUUAACAACAUGCCCCAGCAGUCUUCGAGAAAAAAACAAGAAAAAGCUCAUAUGGUCACUGAACUCUCAUCUUAUUGAAACUUCAACUGGAGUUUUUAGUUUGCAAGAUUUAAUUGAUGUCCACCGAAACACAAUUUUGCCUGUUCUCAAAGAAACUGCCUACAUCUCAACUCAACACAUACGGAGUUGUCCAGUGUGCAAAUCAAAGGGUUACUUCUGUGAACUAUGUCCUAGAAAGAAGAUGAAUGAAAUUGACGAUCAAAACCAAAACCAAGACCAAAAUCGUGUCCUUUUCCCCUUUGAUGAUGCAGCAUUUGUGUUUGUAUGUGAAAAGUGUUCGGCUGUGUUUCAUCGUGCAUGUUGGAUAAAGAGAAAUAUGGACUCAUGUCCCCGCUGUGAGAGACUACAAGAACGUCGAAGCCUACUUCAAGAACCAAUAGAUUAAUAUAUUUUGAAGCUAAAAAAUGAAACCUUGUAUUUCAAGUAAAAACAUAAGAUAAUGA